GUUAUUGACCUCAACAGAGUCCUUUGUGUCAACACCGGUGGAAGAUAUGACGUGGGAAGUUUGGGUGAUACAUAUAUUUUGUACUAUCCCGCCAAAUUAAACGAACUAUUUGAGCUUUUGGGAAAUCAGUUAUGCGUCUCAUCUCUUUUGCUCUUUGUUUCUUUUGUUUAUUUACGUGUUAACGUGAGAAGUUUGCCUCUUUUGUUUAAGGUAGAAUACGACGUCCUUGAAUAGUGUAGAAGUCUACUGUAUAUAAGGAGGGAUUGUCAGUGAUUGAUCUGUAAGCAGCCUCAGUCAGCAGUCAUGGUUUUGAUUUUGGGACGACGUGUGAACCGUGAGGAUCCGGCAGUGGUCCCUGACUUGCCGGCUGUUAAGCGUAAAGUCUUUGAGAUGGACCCCAAGAAUGUGGACGACACCAUGGAUUUCUCUUCAGGCUCGUCACACGCUGAGGGCGUGCUGCAUGUUUUUGACGAGUUUCGCACAAAUCGUCUGUUCACAGAUGUUGUGAUUGGUGUGCAGGGACGAGAGUUUCCAUGCCAUCGCGCCAUGCUCUCUGCCUGCAGCGUCUAUUUUAAGGCCAUGUUCUGCAACGACCACCGUGAGAGCCGGCAAACCCUGGUGGAGAUCAGUGGUGUCCAAGCUGAUGCCAUGGAAGUCUUGUUGCAGUAUAUCUACACAGGCCGUGCCACAAUUACCACACAAAAUGUGCAGUAUCUCUUUGAGACAUCCAGCCUCUUCCAGAUUGGAGCCCUGAGAGAUGCCUGUGCCAAAUUCCUUGAGGAUCAGUUGGAUCCAUGUAACUGCCUUGGUAUGCAGCGCUUCGCCGAGACCCAUUCACUCAAGCAGCUGGCUGGACGCUGUCGAGCCUACGCGCUGCAGAAUUUUCCAGAGGUGGCUCAGCAUGAGGAGUUCCUGGACUUGCGCAGGGAGGAGCUGGAGGGAUACCUAGCGAGCGAGGAGCUGUGUGUGAGCAGGGAAGAGGUGGUGUUUGAGGCCGUCAUGAGGUGGGUUUACCACAGCGUGGAGUACCGUCGGCCAAUGCUAAAGGAUCUGCUCCAGCACGUCCGGCUGCCGUUAUUGCACCCCAACUACUUUGUACAGACGGUGGAGGGAGAUCAGCUGAUCCAGAACGCUCCCGAGUGUUACCAGCUACUGCACGAGGCCCGGCGCUACCACGUGCUCGGGAACGAGAUGAUGUCACCUCGGACCAGGCCACGCAGGUCGACAGGGUUUUCUGAGGUCAUCGUGGUGGUCGGAGGCAGCGAGAGGGCAGGAGGAUUUAACCUGCCAUACACAGAUUGUUAUGACCCUGUUACAGGCGAGUGGAAGUCGCUGGCCAAACACCCUGAGUUCACCAAGUCGGAGUAUGCAGUGUGCUCCUUGCGCAAUGACAUCCUCGUCUCAGGUGGACGCAUCAACAGUAGUUAUGUGUGGAUGUACAACUCUCAGCUGAACCUGUGGAUCAGGGUGGCGUCGCUCAACAAGGGCCGCUGGAGGCACAAGAUGUCCGUUCUGCUAGGAAAGGCAUAUGCCGUUGGAGGAUAUGAUGGUCAGACUUGCCUCAGUAACGUGGAAGUGUACGACUCCUUCUCUAACCGCUGGACGGAGGUGGCUCCUCUAAAGGAGGCUGUGAGCUCUCCAGCUGUGGCCAGCUGUGCUGGGAGACUGUUCGUCAUCGGUGGAGAACUAGACGAGAACAGCUGCACAGACAAGGUGCAGUGUUAUGACCCAGAGACAAACAGCUGGCUGCUGCGAUCCAGCAUUCCCAUUUGUAAGCGCAACAUCACUGCCGUGUCUCUGAACAGCCUGUUGUACGUGUGUGGUGGACUCACAAAGUGCAUCUACUGCUACGACCCAGCACAGGACUUCUGGAUGCCUGUGGUUAACACCUUCAGCAGACAGGAGUGUUGCGGCAUGUCGGUGUGUAAUGGAAAGAUCUUCAUCCUGGGGGGACGUGGUGAGAACAGUGUGGCUUCUGACAGUAUCAUGUGUUAUGAUCCUGCCACUGGCAUACUGACGGGUGUUGCUGCUAUGCCCCGCCCCAUUUCCUGUCACGGUUGCAUCACUAUACACCGCUUUGACGAGAAGCUGCACCGGACCUGAGAGUGACGCUCCCACACAAACACACACACACACACACACACACACACACACACAAUACUAACACAGCGGGAUCUGUUAAUACACUCAGAACACAAUCUGGACUGUACUGAUGUUAAAGAGAUGAGCUCAAGCUCGUGUGUUUUGUUCAGCUUUUCUUGAAGGUGAUCAAACAAUAUAAGAAGAGUUGAUCCACUCACUUUCACAUCACUCACCACUUUAACAAGUUUCUUUACUUUGACACCAGUCUAUCAUACACAAAUAGCACACCUCCUCUAUGACCAUCUUCUUUUUUGUUGUUGUUGCUUAUUUUAACCGGAUGUGUUUUGCCUUUAUCUUUUAUUAUUUCUCUCCCUCUGUUGCAGUUAUUUCUGUAAUGUUUUUUCUCAUAUUCAUUACUGUAGCCUCAUCUCUCUCUCUCUCUCUCUCUCUCUCUCUCUCUCUCUCCCUCCCUCUCUCUCUCUCUUUCUCUCUCUCUCUCCCUCUCUCUCUCUCCCUCUCUCUCUCUCCCUCUCUUCCUAGUAAAAGAAUGUAAAUCACCCUUCUUUUAAGAUCAUUACAUGCUGAGGCAGUGUGUUCAUUCCUAUCAUGCAACACCAUGCAGUAGUAUUUUAGCUUCACACUGAACUCUAGACAGGACGAUAGCAGCAACAUUCAUAUAUCAGCUGCUUGGCAAUUGUAUCUUUUGUGUAAAGUUUUUUCAACCUACUUGUGUGUUAUUCGGCGUUAUGUUAACAAUCACUUUUAACUCGUCUUUUUCAUUUCGUUUUUUUAUUCAACAGUUUGUUCAUCUUGCUUAUUAUUCAUUUAUAAUUGUAUUUAAUAGCAUUUGAACUUUUUAUCUGUUUUUUUAAUGACUUUGUAUUUUGCAGUAUGUAACAUUAACUACAGUACAUAGCCUGUAGAUGAAUUUGCUCAAUCAGUGUCAAGAUGUGUGAAUUUGGAUCUCUUUUAUUGACACUUGUGUUUUCCUGUUUUAGUUUUUUGUUUGUUGGAUUACACAUUUUCCUUGCGAUGUGUGAUAAAACAGAGAGAUGGACUGUUCUGAAUCAGGCAGCGUAUUUGCUGUGAAACUUUGUUUUUGUUCUUUUUAUUUAAGCAUGUCUCUGUGACAACCAUUGUGCCUUUUGUGUGUGUGUGUGUGUGUGUGUGUGUGUGUGUGUGUGUGUGUGUGUUUCAAAGAAACCCCAAUCAUGCACUUAAUGUCAUGUUAAUGUGUGUCAUUGUUAGUGCUAUGAUAUCUAAUGUUAAUACGUUGCUUGUGUGUUUUUAUGCACUAUAUUAUUAGCAUGUAUUAUACUUCUGUUUGUACUCCAAGCCAUUUUUUUUUAUGUCAGACAUAAUUUGCAAGCGUUUAAUUUCUGAGAAUUGGAACCCUUUUUAUUUUUUGUUGGACUAUACUAACUCUAUAACAGAAUUCAUACUAAGCAAACAAUAUGAAUUCUAUUUCGUUUUUUUGUUUCUUAUGUUUAGAUCACAUUCGUGGUUUCCCCACAAGCCCCCUGCAGCUUUAGAUAAGUAAGGUGACGAAGCUGCAUUUGGGUGGCAAUUUUUUUUCCCAAAAAAUCAAAUUAUAUUAUGGAAAUCAAUCUUAUAAAAUGUGAAAGUGAAAAUAAUCAUUUCCAAAGCCAAGCAUUAGUUUAUUUAUCCAGAAUAAU